AUGGACAAAUUUAUGCGCAAGAUCAACACAAGUCCCAAACCCAAACAGAAGUUUUCUCCGUCACGUUCCAAAGUUUUCGGUGUACCUUUGAAACUGCUUUUGGAUUCUAAGUCAACCACUCGCAUUCCUGCAAUUGUCACCAAUUUGUGUCAGUGCUUACUCAAACAUGGAACUGAGGUAGAAGGUAUUUUCCGCAUCAACGGCAGCGCUCGACUGAUUGAGCUGUUCAAGCGGGACUUGGAGUUUUCGCCAAACACAGACCUUCAUCCUACAGAAAAUGUGGAAAUUUACGCACUGGCUGGUGUUUUAAAAUUAUUUUUGCGUGAACUUCCAGGGGGCGUGAUUCCAGAAGAGCAUACUCUAAAGUUGAUCAAAGCCAUACGGGGUGAUGGAGAAGACACAUUAGAAUGUUUAGAGAAACUACAAGACUUGAUUCCAUCGUUACCGAGGGAAAAUCGUCGAUUGCUGCACUACUUGUGCCGCUUCCUCAAUCGAAUCGCUGCAAACGAGGCUUUGAACAAAAUGUCCUGUCAGGGACUUGGUAUUCUGUUCGGUCCUUGCGUUUUCCGCUUUGACGUGCGCUCUCAAAUACGAUUCACUUCCGAGUAUCCGCUUCGNUCAUCUGUCACCGAUCUGAAUGUCCGUGCAAUACCAUUGCAAUUUUUCUUGCAUCCCUCGAUUCAAAAGUCUGUCAUGAAUUGUGGUAAUAUUUGGACAAAUUUGCUGUAA